UAGCAAACAUGGGAAGGGUUAGCCGCCAUAAAAGAAUAAAGACUCAUGAUCCGUUCUGUAGAAGACGAACGAAUAGACAAGGGGAUAACGAACGACCUUGUCUAGAAGACGAGCAGCAACUGUCCAAGCCGCUCAAGAGGCUAAUUAUAGCUAAAGAAGACAGCAGUAAACGCAGAAGACGGAAGGCUGGGUUUGACGGUGUGAAAAAAGACUUUGUACGUGUCAAAGAGCAAACUAAAGGAGACAUCGUGUUCAGCAGACGAGAAAGAGAAGCAACUUCUUCCUACUUUGACCGUAUGGAACGAGAGACCAUGUCUGUCUUGCACAAACAUCAGAAGCAAAUACAAGCCACUGGACAAAAAAGAAAACAAUAUAUGAAGAAAAAAGAUGCGCAGAGAAAAUCUCAAAGGCUGAAACUAACACAAGAGAAAAUGGCUGACUUCAACCAGUUUCAAGAUCAUGUUCAGUUUGGUGAAGUUGCACAAGCACCACCCAUUCUUAGUGCUACACCACGAAAAGCAGUUACUAAACAAACCUCCAACUCUCCUUCAAUAGUGAAAGAACGACUUAGAAUUAUAGAACUAUACAGAAGACGGAAGCAAACAAACUGUAGGCUGAAGAUUUCAGGAUAG